CUUCGGUAUUGGCUGAACAGAAAUUUGGUGUUCAUGUGAUUUGCUCUUCUUGUUGAUCGGGGAGGAGCCGAAUGAGCACAAGUUGGAGAUGGAGGGGUCGCUGCUGAAAUGGACAAACUAUCUGUCAGGCUGGCAGCCCCGCUACUUUGUGUUAGACAGCGGUAUUCUAUCUUAUUAUGACUCGCAGGAGGAUGUUGGCAAAGGAAACAAAGGCAGUAUCAAGAUGGCUGUGUGUGAGAUUCGAGUGCAUUCGUCUGAUAGAAGCCGAGUGGAUCUCAUCAUCCCAAGAGAACAGUGCUUCUACUUGAGAGCAGAGAAUGCAGUUGAGAGGCAGAGGUGGCUGGUGGCCUUGGGAUCUGCCAAAGCAUGCCUGGGGGACAGCACAAGCCAGAGAGCAAAAGAAGCUGCAUCUGAUGGAGAAACUAUGGUCCGGAAAUUAUCUGAGCUACGAAUAUUCUGUGAUCUUCUUAUGCAACAAGUGGUAGAGGUACAAGGAGCUGUUCAUCCAGAUGAAACUGGGGCCUCUCCAGACAAAGAGAAAUUAAAUUCAGCCUGCUCUCUGCUGCACGAUAUCUGUUCACAUAUUUAUUCUACACUAGAAGAGUGCAUGAACCACGUCAGCACCAACAUGCACUCAGGUCCACAGCAUCCUCCUCUUCCAGUGCUGCCAGCAGAUGUGGUUGGAACAAAACUUCCGCAAGCCCGAAAGGGAAAAAGUACUGUGAAGCAUUCAGUAGCUCCAAAAACACAGAGGGGCCCAGGCACACUACAGCAUGAUGAUGGAACUACUGUAUUGAAGAACCUGGAAGACAUUGCCAUGCGCUCACGUUCGCGGAAGUACAACUCCAUCUGCCCUCCAGAAAACCAUUUGCCAGACAUCCAAACUGAUGAAUAUGUAAGGGCCCCAGUAACAAUUAAAUAAUGAUGAAAUCUAUUAACUUUAGGCUGCUCGUAUCAGUGGCUUCACUUGUCACUUUUUGCUUGUGAGAUUUAUAAAUAUACAGAUAUAUAUAGAUUUUUUUUAUUUUUUUUUAAUAUGGCUCUGUUGUUUUGCUAUACCUCUCUUGCUACAUCCUUAUACUACAACAGUGGAGUAUAUGACAAAGCCAAAAUGCUAGAAAAGAUUAGAUGCCUUACAUGAGGACAACAAAAAUGUGUAUAAAAAAUAUCUAAGCACUUUUGCUAUUGUAUCUGGAUCCAAUCGGUAACAUUUUGAAGGAAAUAUGAGACUUUCUUGAAAUUUACUGUUACUGAAUGUGCAGAAAAACAUCCAAUGAGAAUCGAAUAAACCGCAAGUUCAGUCCUACCUGUUGCAACAAUACAAGUAUUUUUGUACCAGAUAUAUAAAAUGUGAUUUGAUAAUCUUGUAUAUAGACAUCAGACCCAUUGUGAUAGAAACCUUUACACAAUGUUAGUCACAUUUGUUGCAGGCUGAACUGUGCUGUUACUCUUUCAUGUAUAUACCGAGAACAAAAUAAAGACUAUUUUUGUAUAUUUUA